UUCUGCUUUAUUCAGUUAUUGAAAGAUCAAGGAAUAUCCUGCAUUGAGACCGGACCAAAACCUUUGCUAAGAAAGACAGAACAAGGGGAAGUAUCAUUGGUGGACAAGUAGCACGCUGGUUCGUGAAUUCUAAGGAACACCUGAGACAUCAACCUGAAGUUCGAGAUUAUACUGCAUCAGUAAAAACGGACGCGUUUAAUUGAAUCUUAAAUGAAGCAUGAAUUAACAGGCCGAAAAUUCCGGAUUCUGGAUAUGGAGAUUACAACAGUUUUGUUGAUGAUUGGCAUCACCUAUGUUAUCGGAGUGCAGGAAUUGGAACAAUCAGGAGAUGAGGACACAUUUAUGUUUCCAGAUGGGGAAUAUGAAAAGGCAAUAUUGAUACCAUCAGAAUUGAUAACCAUGGACAUGCCACAAAGAGUUAAUAAUCACGAAGUUAGGAGUAGGAAAGUGCGACUCAUUCCAGAGGGAAAGGAUGUAACCAAGAGAUAUUAUCAGAAUCCUGGUGGGCAAUUCAAGUAUAGGGUGGUUUUCUCUUUUGGGAGGGUAAAUCAUAGUUCAAAUAUUGGGAGAUUGGCAAUAACGCAUGGUGCACAGGGAAUAUUGCCAGAAUCACUACAACCAUUCAUGAUGGCAACAAUAUAUGUCAAUGAUACUGGUUAUUGGCUGGGAGAAGAGUCUGACUUGCCAAAUACGGGUGAGCAGAAAGGUAUUCAAUAUGGAGUAUUUAGUGACUACUUAAGGGAAGGAGAAUAUUUGUUUGUAUGUGGCAUAUAUUGGCAUGACAAUAUGCACCCGAUGUUCACUCCAAAAAAUAUUAACCUGGCUUAUAGAAGGACAAGCCUUGGGGAAGCCAAAGACAUUGAUAUGUCAAUUCAACAUGGUGGAAAUUAUCUUAUCGGUACUAUGUCCAAAUCAUAUAAAUCUUAUAGGGAGAUGGUCGGUCACUGGACAUGUGGUACACGUGAAAUAGAGAUUGGGGGUAUGCAUAUUGUUGAUGCCACUCCAGAUAAUAUUAAGCCAUGCACAAACAAAGAUUCUGAGAAUACUCAAAAGGCCUUACAACUACAAGAAGGACAACCCUUUCAAGUUAACCUAGACUCUGCCCAGACAAUGGCUAGUGGUGUUCAAUAUGCGUUUAUCACAUGGCGGUUUAAUAUUUCUCUAUGGUUAAUUAAAACCCACUAUCCAAUAUGUACAGGACAUACAAUGAAUCAGGUGCGUUCCCUCUAUCAAUGGUUGAUUUCCAAAAACACUAGGGCUCGUCAUCAUUUGAGGAAUGGGAAGAGCAGAGGAAAAAGGGAUAUGGUCGACACAAUAUUGGGUGGCGUAGGAGCUGGAAUGGGAAUCAUUAAUCAGGCAGAUAUUAGCGUCUUAAAAACCAAACUUGCAGCCAUAGCAUCUAACAGUAAAAACGGGUUUGAGGUACAAAGGGAAAUUAAUCAAAUAAUCAGUAACCUACAGCAGGGGCAUAUAGACACUAGCAUUGGGGUAGCAACAGACGUUAUUCAACAUUUCAAGAUGUUCGUGGAAAAUAUGCAGGCUGAUGGGAGGAACAUAUCCUGGGCUCUGGCCUGUACACAAGGGCAGGUGGAACUAUCAACUAAUAUAAAAUUGGCGAUUCAAACCUUGUAUAAUGGGCAAUGGCCAUAUGAAUUAAUAUCUCAGGCCACUGCUGCAUUACCAGAGCUCCUCACUUUCACACACUCCAAAUGGUGGGCGAGUGCUUGGAUUGGAUGUAUUAAUCAUAACUUGGAAACGUGUUAUGCCUCUUCCCUGAUUCCAUACACAAGCUCCCCGUUAGAGGUAGUGUAUAAGGUCACUUCAAUUGGUAUUCUUACUGGAGGAUCCACACUACUACAUCCAAGAUUAGACCAUCCUCAUGUAAUCAGGAAGGAUGGGGUGUGGAAGCAGGUUGAUAUUUCCCUCUGCUUACAUAGAAAUCAGGAUAUAUUGUGUACACCAGGCCAGGAUAGGUUGGUGGAGGACAAGUGUUGGAACAACUCGUCGGUUUGUGUUCUGGAUGGGGAGUUUAUUACAAAAGAUAAGACACCAGUCACAUACCUAGGACAUCAGAGAAUCUGUUUCUUUCUAUUAAACAUCACCAAUGUAACUCUGAUCACAAGUCAAUGUUCAAUAACAACAGCUGUGGAUAAGGGUGCAUGGUGCACGCUUGGUAAUGUCACGGAAAUCCAGACACCAAGUUGGAGAUAUGUGUUUCCCACCAUUGCAAACUUAUCUAUUGAUAUUGAAUAUCAUAACCCUGUCAAUCUUCAAGCAUUAAAUUUGGGAAUGGGGAAAGAGCUGCAUGAUUGGCUGAUCAGAUUUGAUCAAGAUGAAUAUUUGCUUAGAAAGCUACGGCAAGAAGGAGCUAAUGCUACAAUCGUUAUACACCAUGACCAGAAAGAGCUAAAACAUAUUACUCAUCUGUUAGAAAAUAAUGCUAAGGGUUAUUGGUGGGAGGUUAUAUUUGGGCAUUCAAGUGCAGCCAAUGGAAUCUUAAAUUUCUUAAUCCAUCCGAUUGUGGUAUUGCUCAUUGUUGCUGUAGUUUUAUCCUUAUUGCAAAUUUACAUGUGUUGUAUGACACGGUAUCUAUAUAAAAGGCUCCAGGCCCUAUCCAUGGAAAUAGAAAUACAAACUAAAUAUAAAAUUGCAUCAUGCGAAUUAGAUGUACCAAAGAGCCUGGAGGAACAUCUUUUAAAAUGUGACAACUGUGGCAGACAAGGACAUAGCAGGGGAAAGUGCCUGAUCCCUGAACGAUACAACAGAUUGUAAUCAGAAAAUGAAUGUUUAGUUACAUCAUGCAUGAAAUACUUGAAUUAUAUUUUCAUGGUGUG